CUUCAGAUACCCCGUCCCUCCUCUUCCUAUCACUAUUUCUCCUUGUCUCUCCCCCCCACCCUCCCAUCUACUCACUUACUCACCCACUCAACACAUCGACUGCCCCUCUCUCCUUUCACCAUGGCGUCCAACGGUACCAAUGGAACCCAUAAAACCAACGGCGUGAACGGCGUCAGCUCGUACCAUGCUGCCACCACCCAGGAGGCCAUCCAGGCUGAGAAGGAGUUCGCCGCUCACAACUACCACCCGCUUCCUGUCGUCUUUGCUCGCGCACAGGGCACCACGGUCUGGGAUCCAGAGGGCCGCCAAUACCUCGACUUCCUGUCCGCAUACUCGGCCGUCAACCAGGGUCACUGCCAUCCUAAGCUGGUGGCUGCUCUUGUCGAUCAGGCCUCUCGCUUGACCCUUAGUUCCCGUGCCUUCUACAACGAUGUCUUCCCCCGCUUCGCUGAGUUUGUCACCAAGUAUUUCGGUUUCGACAUGGUCCUGCCCAUGAACACGGGUGCGGAGGCUGUCGAGACCGGCAUCAAGAUCGCCCGUAAGUGGGGCUAUAAGGUGAAGGGGAUCCCGGAGAAUCAGGCGGUCGUUCUGAGUGCGGAGAACAACUUCCACGGACGCACGUUCGCUGCCAUCUCCCUGUCGUCUGACCCUGAGUCGCGCGAGAACUAUGGCCCUUACUUGCCCGGUAUCGGCUGCACCAUUCCCGGAACGGACAAGCCUAUCACAUACAACGAUAAGGCGGCAUUGCGGGAGGCCUUCGAGAAGGCGGGGCCUAAUCUGGCCGCUUUCCUGGUGGAGCCCAUCCAGGGCGAGGCGGGCAUCGUGGUUCCCGAUGAGGAUUACCUGCAGGAGGCCAGAGCCCUGUGUGACAAGCAUAACGUGCUGUUGAUCUGUGAUGAGAUCCAGACCGGUAUUGCUCGCACUGGCAAGUUGCUCUGCCACGAGUGGAGCGGAAUCAAGCCUGACAUGGUGCUGCUGGGCAAGGCCAUCUCCGGUGGCAUGUACCCCGUCUCCGCCGUACUGGGUCGGAAGGACGUUAUGCUCACCAUCGAGCCGGGAACCCACGGUUCGACCUAUGGCGGUAACCCGCUGGCCUGUGCGGUCGCUAUCCGCGCGCUGGAGGUCGUCCAGGAGGAACAUAUGGUCGAGCGCGCUGAGAAGCUCGGUCACGUUUUCCGCGACGGUCUGCAGGCCAUUGGAAGCCCCGUCAUCCAGACGGUGCGCGGCAAGGGCCUGCUCAAUGCCAUUGUUAUCGACGAGUCCAAGACCAACGGACACUCCGCGUGGGAUCUUUGCAUGCUGCUCAAGUCCAAGGGUCUGUUGGCCAAGCCAACCCACGAGAACAUCAUCCGUUUGGCGCCACCCUUGGUGAUCACCGAUGACGAGAUCCAGAAGGCUUUGGACAUCAUCAAGGAGGCUGUCACCGAGCUCCCGACCCUCACCGGCGCGGCCGAGAAUGAGGUCGUUCCCCCACCCGAGAAGAAGGUCAAGGUCACCCUUGAGAAUUAAACACAACAAAUCGUUAGGAUGACGGGUGGGAUCCUAGUGAAGAGUGCAUUGGGUUAAACUUGGAACAUUGACGCAACGCGACAGUGUGGACAUCGUCAGCAUCUGAGUAGGGCUUUUCCGACCAGGGACGAUGGCUUGCCAUAUUUAACGACAGGACUCAUGGGCAGGAGUGCAUAUUCCAUCGGCAUGGUUUAUCCAUGACUCGAAGCUCAAGCAUGAGGGAUGCGGUUGCACGCCGUCCAUGCCACCUCGAUGCGAUGCCCUGAUUUCGUAGCGCCCCGUUGAAGCGAAUCAACCCUUGAUGGGUGAUGAUUCAUGGUUAUGUUUGAUGACAAUAGGAAUGAAUUUAGCUAGAACAAAUCCAAAGCGAAAGUCCAGGUGUUA